AUGGCAGGAAAAUCGAACAAGGGAAGGAAUCGGAGAGGGUCACAAAAUUCAACUAAUCUUUCGGAGCAGUCGGAUGCUCCCUUGAAAGAUAACCCGAGUCCUUCAGAGUCUUCCAGUGCUGAUGCCAAUGGAAAUGAAGCUGCAACCAAAUUGGCUUGUGCCACGUCUGAGGCAGAGGAGCCACAGAAUACAAAAUUGGAGAACCAGCCAAAGCAAGGUGACAUUCAUCUUUAUCCUGUUUCUGUCAAAACACAAGGUGGCGAGAAGCUGGAGUUACAAUUAAGCCCGGGAGAUUCUGUAAUGGAUGUUAGGCAGUUUCUUCUUGAUGCUCCCGAGACAUGUUUCUUUACCUGCUAUGAUUUGUUACUGCGCACAAAGGACGGCUCUGUUCAUCAUCUGGAAGAUUACAAUGAAAUCUCGGAAGUUGCUGAUAUUACUACUGGUGACUGCUCCGUGGAGAUGGUUGCUGCGUUAUAUGAUGAUAGAUCAAUCAGGGCUCAUGUUCAGCGCACAAGAGAAUUGCUUUCUCUUACCUCGCUGCAUUCCUCAUUAUCAACUUCACUUGCGUUACAGCACGAGACAGAGCUAACCGCAUCUGCGAACUCAGGAGAUCCUGUAAAGGUUGAAGUACCCGAGCUCGAUAGUUUGGGUUUCAUGGAUGAUGUUUCUGGUUCACUGACUAAUUUGCUGUCAUUGCCUUCCAAAGAGAUCAAAUGUGUGGAGAGUGUUGUGUUCUCUUCAUUUAAUCCUCCUCCAAGCUACAGGAGGCUUUCUGGGGAUUUAAUUUAUCUGGAUGUGGUAACACUAGAAGGAAACAAAUAUUGUAUCACGGGAACCACAAGAACGUUCUAUCUCAACUCAAGCACUGGGAAUAUCCUUGAUCCAAAACCUAGUAAAGCUGCUGCUGAAGCAACCACCCUUAUUGGACUCCUGCAGAAGAUUAGCUCUAAGUUCAAGAAAAGCUUUUGUGAAAUUUUGGAACGGAGGGCCACUGCUCAUCCUUUUGAGAAUGUCCAAUCUCUGUUACCGCUGAACUCAUGGCUAGGGUUAUAUCCUGUUCCUGAUCACAAACGUGACGCAGCUAGGGCAGAGAAUGCACUGACGCUCUCAUUUGGAAGUGAGCUAAUUGGCAUGCAAAGAGAUUGGAAUGAAGAAUUGCAGUCUUGCCGGGAGUUUCCGCAUACAACGUCUCAGGAAAGGAUCUUGCGUGAUAGGGCCCUUUACAAGGUGACUACUGACUUUGUUGAUGCAGCAAUUAGUGGUGCUAUUGGAGUCAUCAGCAGAUGUAUCCCACCAAUUAAUCCAACUGAUCCAGAGUGCUUUCACAUGUAUGUUCACAACAAUAUAUUCUUCAGUUUUGCUGUGGAUGCGGAAUGUGAGCAGUUGUCCCGGAAGCAGUCGUUAGAUGAUUUAAAGAUUGGGAAAGGCUUAUUACACAGUUCAUCUGAGUCUAGCACUAAAUCCUCUCAUGAAGGUUUUGCAAAUUCGAAUGGGGAUAUAUCUAAUGGCUUAAAUAGAGAGGAUCUAGAUGGAGUCAUGGAGGUGGCUCCUGAUGUGCCUGCUGAGACACAGUUGGCUGAAAGUGAACAAGCCACAUAUGCGUCUGCAAAUAAUGAUCUGAAAGGCACCAAAGCAUACCAGGAAGCUGAUGUUCCUGGACUAUAUAAUCUUGCUAUGGCUAUCAUAGAUUACAGGGGUCAUAGAGUGGUGGCACAGAGUGUUCUACCUGGUAUCCUUCAAGGUGAUAAAUCAGACUCGCUUCUGUAUGGUUCUGUGGACAACGGGAAGAAAAUUUGCUGGAAUUCAGAUUUUCAUUCAAAGGUACUAGAGGCUGCGAAAUGCCUCCAUUUGAAGGAACACAUGGUGCUUGAUGGAUCUGGAAAUGUUUGUAAAUUAGCUGCACCUGUGGAAUGCAAGGGCAUUGUUGGCAGUGACGACAGACAGUAUCUCUUGGACCUGAUGAGAAUCACUCCUCGUGAUGCAAAUUAUACUGGCCCUGGGUCUAGAUUUUGUAUUUUGAGACCUGAAUUAGUUAAUGCUUUUUGCCAGACUGAGGCAGCAGAGAGGUCAAAAUCUAGCUGUAAAUUAGAGGGGGAGGCUCCUGUUGCAACUGAUUCUCCUAAAGCUGAUAUUAUGGAAGAACAGGUGACAACGGAAUCAAGUGCAUCACCAGCAACUGCUGUCACACAGGAUACCACUAAAGAAGGUAAAAAGGACUCUAUCGAUAGGGAAAUUUGUGAGGAAAUAGUUUUUAACCCUAACGUCUUCACCGAGUUCAAGUUAGCUGGGAGCAAAGAGGCAAGUCUUGAGAUAGCUGCAGAUGAAGAAAAUGUUAGGAAAGCAAGUUUGUAUCUGAGAGAUGUUGUGCUUCCAAAGUUUAUACAAGAUCUCUGCACACUUGAAGUUUCACCCAUGGAUGGACAAACAUUAACAGAAGCACUCCAUGCUCAGGGAAUUAAUGUCCGCUACAUUGGAAAGGAUACCACUAAAGAAGGUAAAAAGGACUCUAUCGAUAGGGAAAUUUGUGAGGAAAUAGUUUUUAACCCUAACGUCUUCACCGAGUUCAAGUUAGCUGGGAGCAAAGAGGCAAGUCUUGAGAUAGCUGCAGAUGAAGAAAAUGUUAGGAAAGCAAGUUUGUAUCUGAGAGAUGUUGUGCUUCCAAAGUUUAUACAAGAUCUCUGCACACUUGAAGUUUCACCCAUGGAUGGACAAACAUUAACAGAAGCACUCCAUGCUCAGGGAAUUAAUGUCCGCUACAUUGGAAAGGUAGCUGAUGGGACCAAGCACCUACCUCACUUAAGGGAUCUGUGCUCCAAUGAGAUCGUGGUCAGGUCUGCGAAGCACAUACUCAAGAUGGAGCAUAAAUAUUUUGAUAUGCCUUGCGUCGGUCAAUUGCUUCUGUCUGUGUGGUGGAACAGGUAA